GAGACGGGGAGCGCCCGGAUUGGCUGCGUACGGCCGGUAGUAAUUAGGAUCAGAUAUCAAACUUCUGUCUUUGCUAAGACCCUUUCCGAUAGUCGCUGCUCCCCGCUAGACGAUGACAUCAGCCAGGACACCCAGCUGCUGGUAGUAAACUCGGGGCGGGAGGAGGCUCCCGCUGGCUCCACGUUAAUUAGUUCAACACAGCACAGGGGGAGCAGUUGGUGUCUGUGCGGGGUCAGUGCUGGAUGGGACCAAAUCUUACAAAGCCACUUGCUGCUCCUUGCCAGCCGGCUGUAAAAGCACCCAGAGAGUCCAGGAGAGCUGGAUGAAUCCUGAGCACCAGCCACGCUUUGGUCGGCUUUUCCCUGUGGAGGAAGUUAAUGGUUUAAGUGAGGGGCGUCUGGAUCUGGUCCCUGAGUCACCAUGACACUCCUGGGGUCUGAGCACUCCUUGCUGAUUCGGAGCAAGUUCAGAUCAGUUUUACAGCUACGGCUCCAGCAGAGAAGGACCCGUGAGCAGCUGGCAGACCAAGGCAUCAUGCCACCACUGAAAAGCCCAUCUGCAUUCCAUGAACAGCGAAAAAGUCUGGAGCGAGCCAAGACUGAAGAUUAUCUCAAGCACAAGAUCAGAAGCAGGCCUGAGCGCUCAGACCUGGUCAAUAUGCACAUUCUGCAAGACUCGGCUGCAGAAGGGUCCAUUCAGUCUACUCAAAUGAAGCUGAAAAGAGCCCGACUGGCAGAUGAUCUCAAUGAAAAGAUUGCUCUCAGGCCGGGUCCUUUGGAGCUGGUGGAGAAGAAUAUUAUUCCUGUGGACUCAGCUGUGAAAGAGGCCAUAAAAGGCACCCAGGGCGGCUUUCCCCGGCAGACCGACGCCUUCGCCUUCGAGGAGGACAGCAGCAACGACGGGCUGUCCCCGGAGCGGCCCCGCAGCCGCGGCUCCCCGGGCCCCGCAGAGCCUCCCCCCGGCUCCAAGGCCCCGGAGCCGCCCCCCGCCGCCCCUGCCGGGGCUCCACAGGAUCGUCCCCCCAGUGAAGAUGGCCACGCUCCGGACACUGCCCCGGGCCAGGGCAGCCAGUGCGACAGCCCCAAGCAGCCAGCGGGACAGGAGAGCCCGACACUGCCGGUGCCCUCUGCCGUGAAGUCCAAAUCAUCCAGUGAUAGCAAGAACCGUCACAAAAAGCCCAAAGACACCAAGCCCAAAGUGAAGAAGCUCAAGUACCACCAGUACAUCCCUCCAGACCAGAAAGCCGAGAAGUCCCCUCCACCCAUGGACUCUGCAUAUGCCAGACUGCUCCAGCAGCAGCAGCUCUUCCUGCAGCUCCAGAUCCUCAGCCAGCAGCAGCAGCAGCAGCAACAGCAGCAGCAGCAGCACUUCAACUACCCUGGGAUGCACCAAGGACAGCUGAAGCAAUCAAAUGAGCAAAUGGUGAAAACUUCAAAUUCUUCAUCAGCUUCUGGCAACAACACCCCUCUUUCUCCAGUGAAAACCACCUUUUCAGGCCAGACUUGUGUCUCAUCUAUCAAGCCAGGCCCUCUGCCAUCCAACCUGGAUGAUCUCAAAGUGUCAGAGCUGAGGCAGCAGCUCCGAAUACGAGGCCUGCCUGUGUCGGGUACCAAAACAGCGCUGAUGGAGCGGCUGCGGCCCUUCCAGGAGUGCAGCAGCAGCACAGUGCCAAACUUCAGUGAGAUCACCACCGUCACCUUCCCUGUCACUCCAACAAGCACCCUGUCCAGUUACCAGUCGCAGUCCUCCACCAGCAUGUUAUCAAAUGGCUUCUAUCACUUUGGCAGCACCAGCUCCACCCCACCCAUCUCGCCCGCCUCCUCUGAUCUGUCUGUGAGCGGCUCCUUGCCCGACACCUUCAACGACGGGCCCAUGUCCUCCCCACAGUUCGGUCUCCAGCCAUCGCCCGUUCACGGCAGUGCUGAGGAAAGCCUCAUGAGCAGCAUGAAUGGAGGGAGCAUCCAGCUGGAACUGGAAGGAAUAGACACAGAGAAAGACAAGAUGCUGGUGGAGAAGCAGAAGGUGAUCAAUGAACUGACGUGGAAGCUGCAGCAGGAGCAGAGGCAGGUGGAAGAGCUGCGGAUGCAGCUCCAGAAGCGAAAGAGGAGCAAUGGCCUUGAGGAGAAGCAGCAGCCUGCUCAGCAUUUCUUUGGUGUCCCCAUCAAACAAGAAAACACCGUGUCCAGCUGUCCAUUUGCAUCCAAACAAAUGGCCCUCAAAGGCCAGGCUGGCAGCUCGGAUAAGCUGAGUAACUGUGGGGUACCACAGGUGCCCCACAUUGUAAAUAGCCACUGCUUGGAGCCCGCAGGGCAGAGCACCAUCACCUCCUCGACAUUCCUGAGCCCGCAGUGCUCGCCCCAGCACUCUCCCCUGGGGGCUGCAAAGAGCCCCCAGCACAUCAGCCUGCCACCGUCCCCCAACAGCCACUAUCUGCUCCCGGUGUCCCCCGAGGGCCGCAGCGGGUCCCCGCCGAGCAGCAGCUGCCUCCGCACAGCGCCGCAGAUGACACGAAGUCAGCAGAUGGACGAGCUCCUGGACGUGCUGAUUGAGAGUGGAGAAAUUCCGGCCAAUGCCAAGGAAGAUCGGUCGUGCCUCCAGAAAGUACCUCAGAUCAUGGUGUCUACAGGGAGCUCCGGUGCCUCUGUCGCCAAGGGCUCCGCCCCGUUCGAGCCGGUGUCCUCGGCGCCUCUGCCCUUCGAGCACUGCCCGGGCAGCAGCGACGCGCACCUGGAGGUGCUGCUCAAUGCCCACAGCCCCCUGGGCAGGGUCAGCGAGAUGGCCCUGCUGAAGAUGGGGGGAGAGGAGCCCCACUUCGAAGGGAUGAUGGAGGGGUUCUCCGGCAAAGCCGCGGAUGAACUGCUCAACUCCCAGGAGAUUUUACAGACUCCCCUGUCGCCCAUGGAAACCCAGCUGUCCCCUUCCCCUGCCGAAGGCUCCGGUUUACAAAUGAGUUUCACUGAGUCUCCGUGGGAAACAAUGGAGUGGCUGGACCUCACCCCCCCCAGCUCGGCCACCGGCUUCAGCUCGCUCACCCCCGCGGGCCCCAGCAUCUUCAACAUCGAUUUCCUGGAUGUUGCCGACCUCAACCUGAACUCCAGCAUGGACCUGCACCUGCAGCAGUGGUGAAGGGACGUGCUGGGCAAGAUGCUGUGAGCCUGCAGCAGGCAGCACAGUGUUCCUGUCGUGCCAGAGAACAUGCAGGGCUAACGUGCCUCAUUCAGGGGAAACUGGAGUCAUUUUCCCAGCAUACAAACUUGUUUGAAUUUCCAGUCACUGAAAACUGACAGCACAACUCUGGUACUUUGGUUUUCCUCCAUUGACACAAUCCCACAGAGGACACCAGUGCCUGAAACAACACUUCCUUUGACAAAAACUUCCAUUUUCUUUCUUUAACUUUCCCUCCCCCC